AAACCAGGAAAUUAAACCAGGAAACAUCAUUGGACCGAAGCAAAACUUCACAUCAGCUGAUUCUCAGCUCUUCAGCUCUACUUGUUUUUCAGUCCAAGAUGAAAUUAUUUUUGUUGCUCCUCUUCUGUCACGUUUCAUCUCCAGUGAAACACUCAAUGACGUUUUUCAUCUCUGAGUCUUCUGGAGUAACAAACCUCCCUGAGUUUGUUGGUGCUGGACAGAUUGAUGACAUCACAGUGGGUUACUGCGACACCAACACAAAGGUAGUAGUAAUAAAACAGGACUGGCUGAAAAUGAUUUUCAUCAUCUACCCUCAAGAACUUCUGCAGUACAACAUAUGGUGUUCUGAGAGUAUGCCUGAGCUCUUCAAAGGCAUAGUUGAUUCUUACAUGCAGCUCUUCAACCAUAGUGGAGGUGUCCACAUUGUGCAGAUGAGGAGUGGGUGUGAAUGGGAUGAAAAUUCUGGAGAGGUCACUAGUUUUAUGAAGAUUGGUUAUGAUGGAGAAGACUUCUUAUCAUUUGACCUGAAGAAUCUGACAUGGAUCGCUCUGAAUCCAGAGGCUGCCACACAGGAAUGGGAUAAUAACAUAGCAAUUACAGAAAGAUAUGGGAACUUCUUCAAUCAUGUUUGCCCUGAGUCGCUGAAGGUGUCUGUGCAAUAUGGGAAGAGCUCUCUGCAGAGAACAGAGCUUCCCUCAGUGUCUCUCCUCCAGAAGACUCCCUCCUCUCCAGUCAGCUGCCACGCUACAGGUUUCUUCCCUCACAGAGCUGUGAUGUUCUGGAGGAAAGAUGGAGAGGAUCUUUAUGAGGACGUGGACCAAGGAGAGAUCCUCCCCAACCAUGAUGAAACCUUCCAGAUGAGAGUUGACCUGAACAUUUCAUCAGUGAAUCUAUCUAGCUGCCAACGCUACAAUGGGGGUUUCUCCCUCAAGAAGCUGUGA